CGUGCGUGUUCAUAUAAAAGUGAGUUCUCUGAAAUCGAAUUUAAUAAUUUCAGCAUGGUCUGAUAGUGGCCAAAUUGUCGGCAAGAUAUAUUGUGAAGGAAAUGCUGCUUUUAAUUCAGAAUGAUUUAAUGUCUGGUAAAUGUACUUUUUACUGCUGCCAGAUGUUAUUUAAGUUUGUAAAUAAUUCCCCUUGCAUUUAUUUAACUUCGCUGACAAAUGAGCGUAUGAAUUCAGCUUUAGCUUCAUCUGGCCGCAGUCCAGCCUCAAGGGAAUGGCUUGAUGCCUGUCAUAAGCCAGUGAAAUUAAUGAUGCCAUGGUGAUGCCCAAACAAGAAACUUAAAGAACCUGAAUGCCAUGAUAUGACAGCUGAUCAGAUGCUUGACUCAGAAUCCAGGAAGUUAGUUGUAGUGAAGACAGAUAAACAAAUAACGGGAAGGAAGAGGGAAUGGUCAAGAGCAGAUGGAAGAGACGGAGCUAGAAACAGGACCUGAGAAAGAAAUGAAUCAAUAAGACUUCAAGUUCAUCCUGGUCUCCUUCCUUACUCCUUAUUCUAUCAAGGAAAGAAGAUGGCAUAUUCAAAUUAUAUGUGGGCAAUUUCAGGACAAACCAGAGAUUCUCACAAGUGGCCUGACUUCAGAAGAUCUGGGAGUUGGAGUCUGCAAAGGAACCAGAAGAAGGAAGUCUCAAGAAUACCCCUGCUGAACUAUCAAGAGUACCUUCAUGGAUUCUUGGGCUCUGAAAAAGCUUCCUAUUUUUUGAAUCCACCUACAACAGAGAAACCAAUUAGCCCACGAGUGAGGCGCCUGCUGGUGGCUGGUAUCGAUAUGGGGGCUGAGGAGGUGUGGAGGGCCCUUCAUGAAGAACCCAAGUACCAACAUGAGAUUACAGCAAGUUCAAAAGGCCAUUCACUCUCUGAACAGGUACCCUGGCUGGGACGUCCUGCAACCACCCGCCGGCUACGGCAAGUGGCCAGCUGGCAGCAGCAGCUGCGUGCAAUGCAUCGUCUGGGGAAGCAGCACCAGUAUGCGGCCCUCUAUCUCCUGGCCACCGAUCAACUGCCUGACCUCAACGACUCCUAUGGGACUGAAGGGCCAACCCGCUACUUCCACAAUACUUUGAGCAAGAAGCAGGUAUCAUCACCCGGCAUCAACCCUUCUAGGACGUGCUGCUACUCCAGCGGCAAGAGAAAAACACAAUUUUCCUGACAUUUGUGCAUGGGAUGCAGAGUGGAUCUUGCCAUCCUCAAGCAGACACCCUGAACGAGGAAGGGCGUCUCAACCCUCAAUCUGUUGGAAGAUGAUCAAGAGUUCUUGAUGAAUUAUUCCUUCAGGACCAUGUAAUGCUGCCUUUUUCCCACCACAGCAAGCCUGCAGAUAGUCCUUGACUUAAAGUGGUUGCUUAGCGACGGCUUGAAGUUACGGAACACCCCCCCAAAAAAGCUACCGUAUAUACUCGAAUAUAAGCCGAUCCGAGUAUAAGCCGAGGUCCCCAAUUUUACCCCAAAAAACUGGGGUAAACUGGGGACUCGAGUAUAAGCCGAGGGUGGGAAAUGAGGCAGCUACCGGUCGGGGAAACCCUCCCUCCCUCAGCCGAGAAGGCUGGCGGCUCCCCCGCCCCGCCCUCUCACUGCACCGGCAGGGCUUCCCCGCGCUAAUGCAAAAGCCCGCCAAGUUUGCGCCAUCCGGUAUAAUGUGAAAAAAAGAAGAAAAAAAAAAAACUCGAGUAUAAGCCGUAUAUACUCGAGUAUAAGCCGAGGGGACGUUUUUCAGCACAAAAAACGUGCUGAAAAACUCGGCUUAUAAUCGAGUAUAUACGGUACUUAGGAUCCUGACUUGAAGUUCCAAAUAGCCAGCUCCUCCUGUGUGGUGUGAUCUGCAACCAAUUCUGGGCACUCAGCAAUCAGCUUGUGUUUACGACUGAUUAUAGCGUCCCACAGUCACAUGACUGUGAUUUACAAUGGUUUUUUUGCUGGACAUUGGCAUUUACGUCCUGUUUCCAACAAAAAAAAAUAAAAUCACCCAUUGGCUAAAAUGGGUUUACUUAACAAUUGCUGCAAAAAAAAAAAAAAAAGAUUGUAAAAUCGGCCAUAGUCAUAGGAUGACCCAACAUGACUUAUGACUGUAAUUAUGCUCAAUUAUGAUUGUUAAAUUAGGGACCAUCUGUACUUAUGCUGAAUGAGUCUUUACAUUUGGACGUGUUUUAGUUAAAACAGCUGCAUGGAAUAGAUGGCCCUGGCCUCCUCCUCCUCCUCCUGCACUACUUGAAAACCACCUUCCUCCUCUUCAGUGGUGAAAUCCAAAUUUUUUUACUACUGGUUCUGUGGGCGUGGCUUGGUGGGCGUGGCAGGGGAAGGAUACUGCAAAAUCUCCAUUCCAGAGGUGGGUUUCAGCAGGUUCUGACCAGUUCUGGAAAACUGGUAGCAGAAAUUUUGAGUAGUUUGGAGAACCGGUAAUAAAAAUUCUGACUGGCCAUGCCCCCAUCUAUUCUCUGCCUCCCAAGUCCCAGCUAAUCAGGAGGGAAUGGAGAUUUUACAGUAUUCUUCCCCUGGAGUGGGGUGGGAAUGGAGAUUUUACAGCAUCCUUCCCUUGCCAUGCCCAAGCCACGCCCACCGACAUACCAUGCCACCAAGCCACACCCCCAGAACCGGUAGUAAAAAAAAUUGAAACCCAACACUGCUCCAUUCCCACCCAACUCCAGGGGGAAGGAUAUUGCAAAAUCUCCAUUCCCACCCCACUCUGGGGCCAGCUAGAGGUGGUAUUUGCUGGUUCUCUGAACUGCUCAAAAUAUCCGCUACUGGUUCUCCAGAACCUGUCAGAACCUGCUGGAUUUUACCCGUGCUCCUCUUUCAGUUGUUAUUGGUCUCAGUAUGAAAUCAGAGCUACCACUCUGUGCUGGGCGUGUUUGAUUGGUAUAUAUGGAAAAAGGAAUCUGACCUGGGUCACCUAUUAGAAUUGUAUUUGACAGCUGAUGGAAUGACCUCCCUGUACUAGUAGGGCCCAAUCAGGGAUGACCUAGCUUGAAAAAGGCAUGAGCAAUGCCCUCCUUGUAGCUGCCACAAAAGAGGCUGGAGGGUUCUUGAUAAUGAACAAUAAUACCAUAGUGGCAUGAUAUGAGUUGAUAUGAAGACCGGAUGAUCUUCUUGGAUGGAAGCACCCAUCAACUAAGGCAGUGGUGGGGAAAUACGGCCCCUUUAUGACUUGUGGACUUCAACUGGCUGGCUCAGGA